AUGGGAGACGUCGCUGUGGAAAGCCAGGCCACCACGGUGCCACCUCACAAGAAGGCCGCCCCUUCAGCGAUUCCCAACAUUGACGACUUCGAGGGCUUACCGACCGACGGCGAGGAUGACUACGCGACCUUGAAGAAGCUUCAAAGACAGUUGGAAUACAUCCAGCUGCAAGAGGAAUACAUCAAAGAUGAACAAAGGAGUCUGAAGCGAGAGCUAGUGCGAGCUCAAGAAGAGAUCAAGCGGAUUCAGAGUGUGCCCCUCGUCAUUGGCCAGUUUAUGGAGGCUAUCGACCAAAAUACCGGCAUUGUCCAGUCAAGCACAGGCUCCAACUACGUCGUCCGCAUUCUAUCCACUCUCGACCGCGAAUUGCUCAAGCCCUCCUCCUCAGUUGCGCUGCACAGACACUCCAAUGCUCUCGUCGACAUCCUGCCCCCGGAAGCCGACUCCUCUAUUGCCAUGCUUGGCGCCGAUGAGAAGCCCGAUGUGACAUAUGCCGAUGUUGGUGGGUUGGACAUGCAGAAGCAGGAGAUCCGAGAGGCCGUCGAGCUGCCUCUGACGCACUUUGACCUUUACAAGCAAAUCGGUAUCGAUCCUCCUCGUGGUGUUCUGCUAUACGGCCCACCUGGUACCGGAAAGACCAUGCUUGUCAAGGCUGUCGCCAACUCCACCACUGCCAGCUUCAUCCGUGUUGUCGGCUCUGAAUUUGUUCAGAAGUACCUGGGAGAGGGUCCCCGAAUGGUUCGUGACGUCUUCCGCAUGGCACGCGAGAACUCACCGGCCAUCAUCUUCAUCGACGAAAUCGAUGCCAUUGCCACAAAGCGAUUCGACGCCCAGACCGGUGCCGAUCGUGAAGUCCAGCGUAUCCUGCUCGAGCUGCUCAACCAGAUGGACGGUUUCGACCAGACCUCCAACGUCAAGGUCAUCAUGGCCACAAACCGUGCCGACACCUUGGAUCCUGCUCUGCUGCGUCCCGGCCGUCUCGACCGAAAGAUUGAAUUCCCCUCUCUGCGAGAUCGUCGCGAGCGCCGCCUCAUCUUCUCCACCAUUGCUGGCAAGAUGAGCCUGGCCCCCGAGGUAGAUUUGGACAGCUUGAUUGUACGAAACGACCCGCUCUCCGGUGCCGUCAUUGCCGCCAUCAUGCAGGAGGCCGGUCUCCGGGCCGUCCGCAAGAACCGAUACAACAUUAUCCAGACCGAUCUCGAAGAUGCCUAUUCGAGCCAGGUCAAGGGAACGAGCGACGAUAACAAAUUCGACUUUUACAAAUAA